AUGAAGGUUUCUAUGAUCCUGAUCUCUGCCUUGAGCUCAAUCGCUCUCUACAACCCAGUUUCUGGUUCUCCAGCUCCAAUUCCGGGUGUAGCUGAUCUCGCACCUGAAUCCGUUGCUGCCCCAAUGUUUUGGAUUGGUACUCCUACUCCAGGUGGACCAGAAGUUAGAUUGAAUGGAACUGCACAGGAAAUUGUUGAGCAGAUCAAAGAAAUCAACCCCGAUUGGGAGGAAGCUCCAGUUCCAACUGCCACUACUGGCGAGAGCCCCACCAACGUAAAGCGUUACUUCCAAAAUCGCCCUACAUGCGGUUUGGUUGUGGGAGACUGGGCCGUAGUCCCAUAUCUCCGCGACCCAGUUAUAUCAUAUCUUUAUGCGCUCGGAGCAACAACCUGCGGUGCCUACGCUAGGACCUGUUCUCGCGUUAGCUGCCACUGGUCCGCCGCGGUUGAGCUUUGCAAUGAUCGUACUACAGAGGUGCAGAUGAGAUGCGACAGAAUUGCCCAUGCUGCCAAUGAAAUCACAAAUGAUUGUGCAAAGCCGGCUCCCGUUCAUUGGGUCGCGAAGGGACAGUGGUUCGACACUACCGGUUACAAUGUCGUUGUUCGCAAAUCCAACUGCUAA